AGUUCGAAGAAAAACUUGUUUUCGUUUCUUCGCGCCGGAAAAUGGAACAUUUUUACCAAAAACUACCCAAAAUUGAGCUGCAUGCACACCUGAAUGGUUCGCUGAGCAACCGAGCGCUCGUAGAGUUGCGCGAGUUAAAGUACGGUACGGAUCGUACGGGUGAAAGCGAUGAUGGGUUCUAUAAGAUCCUUAACGGCCAGCUGUUGUCGCUGGAAGAAUGUUUUCAAAAGUUUCGCUAUGCCCACGAUCUCACCGAUCGACGUGAAUCGCUCGAGCUGGCAACGAGACGCGUUAUCGAGGAAUUUGCGCGUGAUAACGUAGUGUAUCUGGAGCUAAGGACUACACCGAAAUCGACGGGGAACAUGUCCAAGCGCGAGUAUUUAAUUACCGUACUGGACGUUCUGCGAAAUGUACCACAAAAUCAGCCUGGCAUUUUGGUUAAACUGCUUCCCUCGAUAGAUCGGUCGAAGGGUGUGCUAGAAGGGGAAGAAAACGUUACCCUUGCCAUCGAACUGGCUGCCCUCUAUCCGGGACUUAUCGUUGGGCUUGAUCUGAGUGGCAAUCCCUUUGGAACCAAGUUUGCCGAUUUCGUGCCAUCGUUACGUCGAGCUCGGGAGCAUGGAUUUCGGCUCGCGCUGCACUGUGGCGAAAUUGAUGAUGAUCAGGAAGUAAAGGAAAUGUUUGAGCUCGGUGUUGAUCGCAUCGGCCAUGGCACGUUCAUUACCGGGGAGAAUCUUGACUUAGCCGCUAGAUACCGAAUUCCGUUCGAAUGUUGUUUGACCAGCAACGUCAAAUGCAAAACGGUACCAUCUUAUGAGGAUCAUCAUUUUGGUAAGCUGUUGGAGCUGCAGCAGCCGGUGUGCAUCUGUACCGACGAUUUCGGUGUGUUCGAAACCAGCCUUUCACGCGAGCUGGAAAUCUGUGCCAAAACAUUUAGUCUAUCACACAAACAAGUGCUGGAUCUGCAGCAGAAAGCAAUUGAUUAUACGUUCGUCAGCAAUGAUGAAAAAGAGCAGCUACGUGCAGUGUUGCAGGAAUUCGAGACUCAAAUGAUUAAAGCAUUUUAAAAUAAACCAUGCUUUGGUUA